GCAGCACUAAUCGCACCCUCACGCAUACGUUCCGUCCCGUGUGACCGCACCAUUACAUCAUGGUCGGCCCUGCUCCAAAGCGAACGACGUGAGCGACGCUUAUAAGCGCGUUAGCGUCCAAAGCGAACGCAGUUUUUAUAUUGUAAAUAAGAGCAGUGGCGGACUCGGAGGCACUUUAAAAAAAGUUUUUAAAAAGAGUUUUUAUAUUAAUCAAUGUAAAUCAUAAAAAAUGAGUAUCACGAAAUAUACAAAAAUAUUGGGAACCCUUAACAUCACAAAGCAAAUGCUUAGUCGAAGGUACUUGUUCACAAAUAUAAGGACUGACUUAAAACAUAAUAUCUCUUUGAAGUAUCGCUUAUUCACAUCACAGAAGAUACAAAUUAAAGAAAUAAAUACCAUAUCUCGUGGUUAUGCUUCAAAAGGAAACAAUAAAUAUAACAAAAUGGUAGGAUCCUGGUUACUCACAUGCAGUGGUAUGGUUUUUAUAACGGUUACUUUAGGUGGUAUAACAAGACUAACCGAAUCAGGUUUAUCCAUGGUUACUUGGAACUUGUUAGGAGAAAAAAUGCCUCUUAAUGAAACACAAUGGCUUUUAGAGUUUGAACAUUACAAACAAUUUCCUGAAUAUAAAAUAAGUAACCAGAAUAUAUCUUUGGAGGAGUUCAAGUGUAUUUGGUGGAUGGAAUAUUUGCAUAGAAUGUGGGGACGGUUAAUUGGUGUUGUAUUUAUAGUUCCAGCAUCAUGGUUUUGGUUUAGUGGUAUGUUAAGUAGCAGAAUGAGAAAACGGGUUCUUGUCUUAGGCUCGUUAAUUGGCUUGCAAGGACUUAUGGGAUGGUAUAUGGUUAAAUCUGGGCUAGAAGAUCGUUUUGUAGAACCUACCGAUGUGCCACGAGUGUCGCAGUAUCGGUUAGCUGCGCAUCUGGGAUUGGCAUUAUUUAUAUAUACUGGAUUUCUUUAUAAUGCACUGGAUCAUUUAAUGCCUGCUCAAAGACCAAUUGCUGAUCUCUCUACCAAAGUUGUAAAUGAUGCAACAAAGGCAGUGAGGAGAUUUAAAAAUUUGAUUUACACAACAAAAGGAUUUAUCUUUUUCACUGCUUUAUCAGGUGCUUUUGUUGCUGGAAUGGACGCUGGUCUAAUUUAUAAUACUUUCCCAAAAAUGGCAGACAAAUGGAUACCUGAUGAUUUAUUUGUUAAAUCACCUACAUGGAAAAACUUCACAGAAAAUCCAACCACACUUCAAUUUAACCAUAGGAUUCUGGGAAUUACUACCAUAACAUUGAUAACUUUGCUGGGCAUCGUAUCGCGUAAACAUAAACUUCCUGGUCGAGGAAGACAAGCAAUAACUGCAUUACUUUGCACUGGUUAUCUUCAAGUACUUUUAGGUAUAUCAACUUUAUUGUAUCAUGUUCCUACAGCACUGGCUGCAUCUCAUCAAUCUGGUAGCCUUUUCCUUUUAAGUACUAUAGUUUGGUUGUGUCACGAAUUAAAGUAUUUAAGAAAAUUUGUUAAAUAAGUUCAUCUAUAUGAUAUCAAUAUAAUAAAAUAAUUAAAGAUUUAUAACGUAAACUAUGUUUUUCUAUAGAUUUUUAUAUAAAUAUAAAAUUUUUGUUAAUUCCUAAAAUUACCACUAUUCAUAUCUACUCUAUUAACAUAAAUAUUCAUGUAAUAUUUUAAGUAUUGGGAUGUAAAGCUUUUAUACAGUAUUUUUAUAAUAUACGUUUUAUUUCAUAGUAUAUUAUAUUAUAAUAAUCAGCAAUCUUUAAAAACUAUUGUAUAUACAUAUUUGUUUUCUAAAAUAACAUGUAUAUUAUCAAAUGUAUUUUAACAUCAAAUAAUUAUUUUGUUUUCUUAUAA